ACUGUUGCUGCUGAGUGGUGACGUUUCCGAAACAAAUGUACAAUCUGUCAAAACAUUAAAGUUAGUUAGAAUCCGGAAACUUUGCGAUUCUUUAUACCAUCUGAACGACAUUAUAAUCUCAAUUGCAUUCCCCGAAAAUAGAACGUGAAAUUUACCAAAGAUGGUAUUCGCGAAAUCAUGGGAAGAUUUUGAAAUCACCGCAGAAAACAUGUAUAUUUCCAACCCGUGCCAAUGUCGAUUCACAAUGAAAUAUACCCACAAACGCAAUGCUGUCGUGCUGAAACUGACCGACAACGUGAAAUGUGUCCAGUUUAAAACCGAAGUGCUAUCAGAUCUCAAAAGAAUAGAAAAAUUCACCGGUAAUCUGAUGUGGCUGAUGGCGUCCAAGGAAUGAACUCAAGCGCGGGUGUGGGGCAGGGAACUAUCAUUGUAUGAUGUAUGUAUUGUGUAGGUUAAUUUUCCGUUUCUUAUAAAUAAAAUGAAAUUAUCGAGUAUGUUGAAUUCAA